CUCAUGCAACACUUACUCAUGUCUUUGCUCAUCUUGCUGAGUGUGUGUGUGCUGAGGGCCCACUCCGGUACCAGCCUGGUCCGUCAGAAGAGAGAAUGGGCCACCCCUCCGAGACCGCUGACUGAAAAUCACGACUACACGAGUGAGGAGUUCAUCGCCAAGGUUCAAUCUGAUUUUGAAUAUCAUGAGAGAAUUACCUAUUCUCUGGAGGGUGUGGGCGCCAACAAGCACCCAUUGAAAGUCUUCGUGAUCAACCACCAAACUGGAGUCAUACGAGUCACCAAAGUGCUGGACAGGGAGGAUAUAGGCAUGUACAACUUGUCCUGCAUCGCAAAGUAUGAUAACGGCACCCUUGCAGAGAAAAAGAUGGAAAUGCAAGUCAAGGUGCUGGAUGAAAACGACAACGCCCCGGUGUUUGACGCCAUGAAGCCAGUGGAUGUGUAUGAACUGAGUGUGCCAGGAACGCCCGUCACGACUGUCACUGCAACAGAUGCUGACGAGCCGGGAAACAAGAACUCUCAGCUGGUCUACUCUAUCAUGAAGCAGGAACCUCCUCAUGGCAUGUUCGCCAUGAACCGCGAUGGAAACAUCUUGGUCAAGGAGCCUUCUCUGGACAGAGAGAGAGAAGAUCAGUACAUAUUGACAGUGAAAGCUCAGGAUCUCAAUGGCAGUCCUGAGGGACUCACUGGGACCAGUACUUUGACCAUAAAUGUACUAGAUGUCAAUGACAACCCUCCAACUACAGAAAAAGAAAAGUAUGAGGGCAGCAUUGAGGAGAACACGCACGGUGUGGAGGUGAUGAGAAUCAAAGCACAAGACUUGGACCUGAAGGGCACGGAAAAUUGGGAAGCCGUCUUUGAUAUCGACAAAGGCAACGAGGCCAACUACUUCAGCAUCAAGACAGAUCCAAAUACCAACGAGGGCAUCCUCAUGCUUGAUCAGGCUGUGGAUUAUGAAAAAGUGAAGACCCUGGACCUUGGAUUUACAGUGAGGAACAAGGCUACACUUUUUGGCAAAGUUACGGAAAGCACAACAUACAAAACUUAUCCCGUCAAAAUCAGCGUAAAGAAUCAGCGUGAAGGACCACGUUUUGAUCCCAAAGUCAAAGACAUUACCAUGUCUGAGGAAGACUCCAAUAAAAUUAAAAAGUUAAUUGCCCACUACCCAGCGAUAGACCAGGACACUGGAAAACCAGCUGAGAAAGUCAAAUAUAUUAAAAGUUAUGACCCUGACAACUGGCUCACCAUUGACCCAGACACUGCUGAUAUCAAAUUGAACAAGAUGCCUGACAGAGAGUCUCCUUUCCUAGUUAAUGGCACAUACUUCGUCAAAGUACUCUGCAUUUCGAAAGAGAUGCCCUUAAGCACUGCCACUGGCACUGUGGCCAUCCAGGUGGAAGAUUUCAACGACCACUUUCCCACCCUGACUAAUACAAUCGAGACUCUCUGCAUUCCAAACAAUAAAUUUUUUGUCACUGCUGUCGAUGAGGACGUCAUCCCAAACGGAGCUCCUUUUACCUUUGAAAUCAUCCCAGAGCGCACGAAAGGAAAAUGGCAGGUGGAACAACUAAAUGAUACUACGGCCAUCUUGAGGACCCAGGAGGCCCUGUGGCCUGGUUUACAUGAGGUGGUAUUGCUGGUGAAGGACAUGCAGGGGGAGGCCAGUCAGCAACCGCAGAAGGUGACGGUCCAGGUGUGUACCUGCGAGGACAGAGCGAUUUGUGGGAGACGAGGAGCCCAUGGUCAGCCUGGGAAAAGGGCAGAGCUUGGACCCGCAGCCAUUGGACUGCUACUCCUGGGCCCGCUGCUUUUUCUACUCAUUCCACUGCUACUGCUCUCCUGCCAAUGUGGGGAUGGUGUUGGGCUACCACGGGCCAUACAUGACCAAUCGUCUGUUUGCGGUUCCCACCUGAUCAACUACUGCACCGAGGGCAAGGGGGACAACACGAAAGUGCCGCUGACCUACGUGCCGGCAAAGAUGUUCUCGGGACGUUGGUCCGAAGACGUCCUCGAUUCCAUGAAUCUGGCCGUUUUGGAGGGAAGGAAUGACAAAAAGUUGUGGGCCAUGACUCAGGAAAAGAGGAAAAACCUCGGCUCCAGGUUUGAGGGCGGAGAAGUCGGAGCAGAAAGAGCCACAGAAACCUAUGACAGCAUUGCUCUGCCAGAUCACAUCCUCGCCGAAUACUACACGCAGAAGUGCCAGCAUGGAGGAAAGAACUUGGCGGUGGCGGAUGCUCUCUUGAAAUACAACUAUGAGGGUCAAGGCUCCUCCACCGGCUCACUGGGCAGCUGCAGCCUCCUGGAGUUCAGCAACGACUUGCAGUUCCUGGAUGACCUCGGGCUGAAGUUCAAGACCCUGGCAGAGGUGUCCGCUGGCAAGAAAAUCCAACAGGUCACUCCCCUGCCCAGCACCUCCCAGACAAAAGUUGUGAGCGAACGCCUGCCUGAGCCCCUCAAGCUGCCACCAGUUGACCACACGGUGAUGCGGGACACGGAUCACUCUUAUGUGCGGAAGAACCACACAAUGUCCACAGAGGUGGAACAGGUGGGGAAUCAGGGCCAGGUGGUCCUGCUCCAGCAGCAGCAGCAGCCUGUCUACUACACCGCCACUUCCCCUGUGCUGCAACCCAUGCAGUAUGUAGUCCAACCACAAGUCCAGAACACCCUGCUGCUGGCUGAGGCCCCAGCUACCAACCUCCAGGGCCUGAUGCUGGCCGCACCCGCACAAGGAGUGCUUGUGCAGGGGCAGACAAUGGUGUCCGGCGGGCCGACACAGAACCCUGCCAUGGUGCUGGUGGAGAACACCAAGGUCCAGAAUGCCGCACAAGGCAUGAUAGUGCAGGGCCGGACGAUGGUGUCCGGCGGGCCGACACAGAACCCUGCCAUGGUGCUGGUGGAGAACGCCAAGGUCCAGAAUGCCGCACAAGGCAUGAUAGUGCAGGGCCGGACGAUGGUGUCCGGCGGGCCGACACAGAACCCUGCCAUGGUGCUGGUGGAGAACGCCAUGGUCCAGAAUGCCGCACAAGGCAUGAGAGUGCAGGGGCAGACAAUGGUGUCCGGUGGACCGACACAGAACCCUAGCAUGGUGCUGGUGGAGAACCCCAAGGUCCAGACCAUCGGAGGAAGAUCUGGCGUGCAGGCCAUGAUGGUCGUAGAAGGCAAUGUCCCUGCAGGGUCAAUCAAAGUGCCAAAUGGGUUCCAAACUUCCCUGCAGCCAGGAAGGAUUUCAGGAACUGAGAGAAUCCUGGUGGUCAAAGGAUCAUCCAGGGGAAGAGGGCAGACCCCCCAAGAAGCAGGAGGUGUGUCCCUGAAGAGGAACACCUAUGCAUUACUCAACAGCAAGACCGGUGAGAUGGUUUCAUCCAGCAAAACCUCAACAUACCAAAAGGUGGCGGUGCAGGAGUAGCGCAAAUAACGAAUUUUACGAGACUUGAUCCGGUCCAUUUAAUGGAGGGAGGUGUUACGAGUCUAAAUACCAGCAGGCUCCCCCCCUCCAACAGCAGCCCAAAGGAUACCGUGGCUACGGUUCCUCACUGGAUAUGAAAACAAAUCAAAUAUUGGAACUAUCAAGACGCCCCAACUUGUCUUGAAGAACCUGGCCUGGUCUUAAAGGAACUGUGCCUCAAGUGUCUCCUUGUAAAUAUCUAGCAAAGUCUGUUUUAGGUGUUUGUGUCCACUGAAAGUCUAGACUGAGUAAAUAUCUAGCAAAGUCUGUUUUAGGUGAUUGUGUCCACUGAAAGUCCAGACUGACUGAGUGACGUUUUGGAGCCAGUUCAGAUGAACUCAAUGCAAGAAGGCAGCACAACAAGGUGAAGCUUUGGGUGUGUCUCUGCGGUUUUUGUCUGAGCCUGUCCAGCCUCGUCAGCCGACUCCAGUCCGACCGGUUUUUUUCAUGCUGAACGCCUCGUCGUCGCUGGGGGAAAGGUCGACACACCUUCAUGAGUACACAGCAGCAGCCACGUCAACAGUAGUCUUAAAGUGCUAACAGUUGACUUAAAGUGCUAACAGUUGACGUAAAGUCCUAGCAGCUAACUUAAAAGUGCUAACACUUGCCUUAAAAGUGCUAACAGUUGACGUAAAGUCCUAACAGUUGACUUAAAAAUACCAACAGUUGACUUGAAGUGCUAACAGUUGACUUAAAGUGCGAACAGUUGACUUAAAGUGCCAACAGUUGACCUAAAGUGCUAAAAGUUGACUUAAAAGUGCUAAUGGUUGACUGAAAGUGCUAACAGUUGACUUAAAGUGCUAACAGUUGACGUAAAGUCCUAACAGCUGACUUAAAAGUGCUAACACUUGCCUUAAAGGGGAACAUUUCAGAAUUGUUAAAACCAUUAAAAAUCAGUUCCCAGUGGCUUAUUAUAUUUUUCGAAGUUUUUUUCAAAAUUUUACCCAUCACGCAAUAUCCCUAAAAAAAGCUUUAAAGUGCCUGAUUUUAACCAGCCGUCCAUUUUCCUGUGACGUCACAUAGUGAUGCCAACACAAACAAACAUGGCGGAUAGAACAGCAAGCUAUCGCGACAUUAGCUCGGAUUCAGACUCGGAUUUCAGCGGCUUAAGCGAUUCAACAGAUUACGCAUGUAUUGAAACGGAUGGUUGUAGUGUGGAGGCAGGUAGCAAAAACCAAAUUGAAGAAGAAGCUGAAGCUAUUAAGCCAUAUCGGUUUGAACCGUAUGCAAGCGAAACCGACGAAAACGACACGACAGCCAGCGACACGGGAGAAAGCGAGGACGAAUUCGGCGAUCGCCUUCUAACCAACGAUUGGUAUGUGUUUGUUUGGCAUUAAAGGAAACUAACAACUAUGAACUAGGUUUACAGCAUAUGAAAUACAUUUGGCAACAACAUGCACUUUGAGAGUGCAGACAGCCCAAUUUUCAUCAAUUAAUAUAUUCUGCAGACAUACCCUCAUGUCAGCAGGCCAGGGAAGCUAGGGUCGAUAUUCUUCUCUUGAUCAUCUUCGGUGGCAUAAGGGACGGUGUGAGCCAAGACAUCCAGGGGGUUUAGCUCGCUCGUCUGCGGGAACAAACUGCCGCCAUUCCUUGCCGUGCUAGCGAGGUCCUUUGUCCCUGAAUUGCUCACACACUCCGGCAGAUUCAAUGGGGGUCUGGCGGCAGAUUUCUUUUACUUUAUCGUUGGAAAUGCAUCUGCUUUGAGUGUCGCAGGAUAUCCACACAUUCUUGCCAUCUCUGUCGUAGCAUAGCUUUCGUCGGUAAAGUGUGCGGAACAAACGUCCAAUUUCUUGCCAUUUUGGCAUCUUUGGGCCACUGGUGCAACUUGAAUCCGUCCCUGUUCGUGUUGUUACACCCUCUGACAACACACCGACGAGGCAUGAUGUCUCCAAGGUACGGAAAACAGUCGAAAAAACGGAAAAUAACAGAGCUGACUUGACUCGGUGUUUGAGAAAAUGGCGGAUUGCUUCCUGAUGUGACGGCACGUUGUGACGUCAUCGCUCCGAGAGCGAAUAUUAGAAAAGCGUUUAAUUCGCCAAAAUUCACCCAUUUAGAGUUCGGAAAUCGGUUAAAAAAAUAUAUGGUCUUUUUUCUGCAACAUCAAGGUAUAUAUUGACGCUUACAUAGGUCUGGUGAUAAUGUUCCCCUUUAAAAGUGCUACCAGUUGAUGUAAAGUCCUAACAUUUGACUUAAAAAUACCAACAGAUGACUUAAAAGUGCUAACAGUUGACUUAUAGUGCCAACAGUUGACCUAAAGUGCUAAAAGUUGACGUAAAGGUGCUAAUGGUUGACUAAAAGUGCUAACAGUUGACUUAAAGUGCUAACAGUUGACGUAAAGUCCUAACAGCUGACUUAAAAGUGCUAACACUUGCCUUAAAAGUGCUACCAGUUGAUGUAAAGUCCUAACAGUUGACUUAAAAAUACCAACAGUUGACUUAAAGUGCUAACAGAUGACUUAAAAGUGCUAACAGUUGACUUAUAGUGCCAACAGUUGACCUAAAGUGCUAAAAGUUGACUUAAACGUGCUAAUGGUUGACUGAAAGUGCUGACAGUUGACUUAAAAGGGCUAUCAGUCGACUGAAAGUGCUAACAGCUGACUUAAAAGUGCUAACACUUGCCUUAAAAGUACUACCAGUUGAUGUAAAGUCCUAUUAGUUGACUUAAAAAUACUAACAGUUAACUUAAAGUGCUAAGAGUUUACUUUAAAUGCUACCGGUUGACUUAAAAAUGUUAACAAUUGACCGAACGUGUUAACAAUUGACUUAAAAGUGCUAUCAGUUGACUUAAAAGUGCCAACAGUUGACCUAAAGUGCUGACAGUUGAAUUAAAAGUGCUAACAGGUCAUGUUAAGUGUUAAUAGUUGACUUAAAGUGCGAACAGUUGACUUUAAAUGCUAAUAACUGACUUAAAAGUGCUAACAGUUGACUUAAAGGGCUAACAGUUGUCUUAAAGUGCCAAAAGUUGACUGAAAGUGCUUAGAGUUGACUGAAAGUGCUAACAGUUGACUUAAUAGGGCUAUCCGUUGACUGAAAGUACUAACAGUUAACUUAAAGUGCUAGCAGCUGACUUAAAAGUGCUAUAAGUUGAAUUUAAAGUGCUGACAGUUGCCGUCCGAGUUGUUUUCAUUUGAAAACAAUGAAGUGAAUCAGGGUUAGGGUUAGGGUUAGGGUUAGGGUUAGGGUCCAACUGUCACCAUCUUAAAAUAUUUAUGAACUGCACAUUCCUAUUUGUAAACAUCAUUUCUGGUAUCCAAGGGUUGGGAGAACCAAAUGUAUCGCAGUGAGUUGAUUGGUGGAGGCUGCAGACGGAGAGGAAAGAAAUGAGAAGAUCAAGUUUUUAAUGAGUACUUAGGCCUACUACGCUACUACAUUGGAAUGCCGGUCAUUAUGGCGGCACCUUACGGUGUUUUCUGAGGCGCUCGUUGGUGAACAAAGUUCGAGGAAGUCUGGGUUGGUGUUUUUGGCGGCGACCGUUCUUCUCUGUGUGACUCAAAAUAACACAAGUAUGUACGACUGGUGUUGACAUCGUAUCGGUUCAGUACCUGUAUCGGCCAAGGCAUCAAUAUGGGUUUGGAAUGGUGAGUCCUCUACAUCCAAAUAUAAGCAUGUGACUUAUGUGUGAUGUCAUAUUUCAGCUGCCGUUGGUCUCUCACUAAACCGCACACAGACACACCUGUUGGUGCAUUAAUGCCACACCUGUUGGUGCAUCAAUGCCACACCUUGUCUCACCUCUCAGGCUCAACUGCAUAACCCAAAUCCCAAAGUGUGGCGUUCUUUAUGAUUGUUUAAAAUGUGACUUGACAGGUGGUGAACAUUUGUAUUAUUAUUGUAAAUAUCUUACAUAAAGAUACAUAAUAUCUUACAUGAAAUAUAUAUAAAUAUAAUGUAAAUAUCUUACAAUAAAUAUAUAUAAAUAUGAUGCUGAUCUUUAUGAUUGUUUAAAAUGUGACUUGA